AUGGAAUUCUUGAGUAACAUUUAUGAUAAGGUCCUAUCGGGUUAUGUAUCAACUGAUGUGUUUAAAUAUAAGACGUGGCAAGAGAGCGUAAUAGGAAAGGAUAAAAAUAAUUAUAUCAAUGGAGGGAAUAAUGAUGUUAGUGGAAGAAGCAAUAACAAUGGAAAUGAAAACAAUAAUUCCAACAAAGGAGGAAACACGGAUGAAAACGGAAGUGAUUCGAAAUCUGUGAAGAAAAGAUUAGAAGAAAUUUUAGGAACCUUUGUAAAGAAUGGGAAAAUGUCACACGCAUUAUGGGCCCAACACAAAAUGUUCAUAGGAGAUGAAGGCAUAUAUCUCCUAGGAGAAGUCAUAACCAUCUGUCAAAUUUUGGAAUUUAUAGAUUCAGAUGAUAUGGAUGAUAUAAAAUAUGAUGAAGAAUUCAAAACGAACAUUUUAGAGGAAUUAAAAAGGAGAUUAAUUAUUAAAAAAAAAACAGAAAUGUUGGAACAGAAAAUAAUUUCAAAUAUAUCCAUGUGUAACAGCAACAGCAAUUUUGAUGAAUAUGAUGACGAGGAGGAGGAGGAGGAGGAAGAGAUUGAUGAAGAUAAUGGUGGAGAUGGAGGAGGUGGAGAUCUCGGUUUCAGAGAAUCCAGUAACAACGAUAAAAAGAAGACGAAUAAAAAAAACAAGGAUAGUUAUAAUGAUAAUGGCAAUCCACAUGAUGACUCGAAGUUAGGAGACAAAAAUGCAGUAUCAAAUUUUGUCGAAAUGUUAUGUGCAGGAAAAACAAAUAAAUUUGGAUUUUGUGAAUACGACCAAAAAUUUAAUGAUAGAUAUAAUUUAAAGAAUAGUAAAAAUGAUCGCAAAUCAUACAAAUCUUUAGAAAAUUGCAUAUUACCGUUUCGUGAAGAUUAUGAGCAUAAAUAUGUAUGUUUACUGUUGAACCAUUCAGGAAAACAAGAAGCCAGAAUAUUACGAUUUAGCAGAAAUUGUGUAAAUACAAAUAAGUUACUUGACACAUUAAAAGGAACGGUUAAAUUUUUAAAUGAACUUCGAUUUUUAUUUAAAUUUUUUAGAUCACAAGUUGUCUUAAAAGAUAGGAUUUAUGGAGAAUUUUGUGCAUAUAUAAAAUUUCAUAGAAGUGAUCCAAAUUUUAGUGCUACGAAAGCUAUAAAUGAAUUUUUUAACUCAUUAAAUGACAGUGCACUGAAGCAAUUAUUUUUUGGCUUGAAUGAACCGAAUUUAAAUUUAUUGGAAGAAGCUAUAUCUUAUUGUCCUAUUGCUACAUUUUCAUUUUUUAAAAAUAUUAAGCUCUUGAAGCAAAUUAAUGUAAAUGCUACUAGGCGCACAUGGAAAGCUGUUUGUGGAUUGCAAAAAUUGUAUAAGAAUUUGAAAAGGAUAAGGAACAAAUUAGCUGUAGAAGACACCAGGCCUGUUUCCGACGAAUGUAACUCUUCACGUUUUAGUAAUAACAACAAUUAUUACAACAAUUGUAACAGUAAUAAAAAUCCUACUACCAGUGAACACAUGCGACCGUUACAUUUACAAGGUAAUAACAUGCACUCCAACGAAAUGAAAUUGUUGCACGAAAGAGAGAUAGCCAUUAGAAAUAGCAGUAAUGGUGUACAUGCUAGUGGUGCAGUAAGUAAUGGAGCCUGUGAUAGUACAAUCGAUAGUACAACUACGUGUACUAAUGCAUGUUCUGUCGCUUGCACCCUUAACAACUGUGACCACAACAAGAGUAAUAGCAUGUGCUCUGGCGACAUAAUAGGCCUAGGCAAUAAAAAACAUAAGAACGAUUUAUUUACGGAUAAAUCAGAAAAUAAAGAAUACUACGACACAAUGUAUAAUAACUCAUUAGAUUUAUAUACAGAAGAAAAAAAUUCUAAAAUGUUUGAAAUUAAUAAACUUAAUGAUACAUGUUUAUAUGUUACCUCAGAUGAAGAAAGUCAACAAAUUGGGAAGAAUAAUGCAACCAAUGAAUUAGAAGAAAUGAACAGAAUGUAUGAGGAAAAUAACAGAACCUUGUAUGAUCAAACUGAUAAAAUAUCCACCGAUGGUAAUUACAAAAAUGCUGCAGAUGAAAUGGAAAAAAGAUUGAGUGAAAAUACAUUAAUGAGGAAUAAUUCGAUGGAUGAUAUAAGAAGCAAUAUGAUUAAAUUAUUCAAAACAUAUGGAGGACAGUGUCGUAUUGGGAAAGUGCAAGGUAGAUGUGAAGACGCUACUUUUCAAACGGACAUACCUCCUGCAUUUGGAAUAUUUGAUGGAGUAGGUUCAUGGAGUCUUGAAGGAAUAGAUGCUUCUAAAUUUUCCAUUGGUUUGUCUUUAGCUUGUCAAAGAGAAGCAGAAAAAUUAUCUAAAAAUUUAAACGGAUAUGCAAAGGUGUCAUACAACACAAUAAUCAGAUCCAAAUUGUUAUUAAGAAAUUCUUUAGAAAGUGUGAAAAAAGAAUACGCAGAUGCAUAUGGAAGCUCAACAGCCAUUGUAGGCUUAAUAGAUGAAUAUACAGGAAAAUGUGGAAUAGCUUCCUUAGGAGAUAGUGUAUGUAUGAUACUUAGAAGAGAGUUUUUACCAGGUGAUAUAAAUUUUGAAAGAGAAACGUAUCCCAAUUUUCCUGUGGAAUCUUUUCUGUAUCAUAAUAACAAGGGAAGAAAUCCAUCUAUAGUGAGAAAAAUUAUAUGGAAAACAAGUGAGCAGAAAUGGGAAAACGGAGCACCAUAUCAGCUAUCAAAUUUACCUGAUCGUAGUCAAUGGAAGGAUUUAGAAAAUAGAGGAUUACACAGUUUUGUGAAAAUAUUGGAAAAGGUAGACAUUGAUGGAGACUCACCAGAUGCAGCUGUAACACCACCAUCCGAAAUUUUAUGUAUGCCAGGAGAUUUGAUAUUACUAAUGAGUGAUGGGGUGAGUGAUAAUUUGUUUGAUGAAGAAAUAGAAGCUUAUUGUACGUUUGCUAUAAGCCCAGAAGAAGCAUGUGAAUUAGGAGAUCCAAGUGCAUUUACCUCUGCCCAGGAUAUAGCUUAUUCCAUUACAAAUAUAGCUAAGAGAAGAAGUGGUGAUAAACUUCAUUGUAAGCCAUUUUUCCCGUUUCUUGGAAAGUAUAGAGAACCAAAUCGAAUAUACAAAGGUAAUAAAGUAGAUGAUAUUUCUUGUGUAGCUAUAUGGGUUGUGUGUGAAACAGAAGAAAGUGUAAAAAAUUUCGUUUCAAAUCCUGAUGAACCAUCCAUAUUAGAAACAGAUAAAUAUUAUUCGAAUAAUUAUUUCCAACACUUUAACAAAAUAACUGAUAUUUGCACACCUACCAAAAAGUUUAUUAAAGAAAAAAACAGAAUUGAACGUGUCAAUUUACAACAUGUAAACAUAAAUUCGUCUACAAAAAGAGGAAGUGAAGCACCACCACGACACUCUAAUUUUAGUCAAUCCAAUGGUUCAAAUCUUCCCUCUCAAUUUCCAUCCAACUUCUUCGACUCCUCGGAAACGCCCAUUAAGUUUAGCCUAUCAGAUGACAACAAGUACCAGGACCUCAGCGAUAUUGUUUUGAAGGAUGAGUGUGAAGAGGAUGAAGAUGAAGGUGAUGAUAGUGAAAAUGAUCACAGCGAAAAUGAUCAUGACGAAAAUGACCAUGGUGAAAAUGGUCUUGGUGACACCAAUGCGAGUAGUGUAGGUGAGAGUGAUAUUGAUGAUAAUAUGGAUGAUGACGACAGAGAUGAUCAAGACGAAAGAAUAACAAUUCCACAGAUCGAGCUAAUUGUUGGGCAAGAAGCAGGAGUAGGCCCCGAUGGAAUUGGUAUGGACAAAUUAAGAGACGAUAUGGAAUCAAUGAAAACUCCGAAUAAUAACAGCUUAAAGACAAAAUUUAAAAAUCAAAUUUUUAAUCGAGAUGAUUUUGAUCACACACCUAAGCAAAGAGUGUCAGAUGAUCAUUUAGAAGAACAUAUUGAAAGAAUAAAUAAUAUGUAUAUUAAAACCCCUAUAUUGCAUAUGGAUAAGAAUUUCAAAACGAAUAAAGCAAGUGUAAAAAAAAGUAAAUUAUUUAACAAAGGAAAAGUAAGAAGCAAUAAAAAUAUAGAACAGAGUGGAAUUCCAAAUAUUUUAAAUUAUGAAACCCCGAAGAAGAAAAUGGUUGGUAGCAUGAUGAAGGAAAAGGCUAAUGUAGUUACAAGUAUGAAUGAAAACACAGUUAUAAAUUCUUUUAUAAAUAAUGAGACACCUGUUAAAGCAUGCAACACGAAAGAGACCGCAUUGAAAGUAGAUAAGAAAAUUACAAAGAAUAAGAGAAAAUCAAUAUACAAUUUUGAUAAAAAUGACUCUCCAAGCAAAAUUGGUUAUGCCAAAAAAAGGAAUAAAAAAUCUUAG